GUUCUGCGCCGGAUCCGGGCGAGGGGCGGGCGCCAUUGUGCUUCUCUGCGGAGUGCCCUGGUUUAUUUAGGGGCCUUGAUCUCCGAGGAAGAAGGCGGUGGUCGCUUCGAGCAGGACGCGCCCUGUACAGUGCCAGCUCGGGAGCAGGGGAAACCUCAAGAAUGGAUUCUAAACCGUCAAGGAUUCCAAGAAGAAUUUCAGUCCAACCCCCCACCUCUUUAAGUGCUAGGAUGAUGUCUGGAAGCAGAGGGAAUAAUUUAAAUGAUACCUAUCACUCAAGAGACUCUACAUUUAGACUGGAUUCUGAAUAUCAGUCUACAUCAGCAUCAGCAUCUGCAUCACCAUUUCAGUCUACAUGGUAUAGUGAAUCUGAGAUAACUCAGGGAGCACGAUCAAGAUCACAAAACCAGCAACGGGAUCAUGAUUCAAAAAGACCUAAACUUUCCUGCACAAACUGUACAUCUACCUCAGUUGGGAGAAAUAUUGGACAUGGUUUAAAUGCAGUGUCAGAUUCUUCGUGGAGACAUAAUCAGGUUCCCAGAUCUUCAUCAAUGGUACUUGGAUCAUUUGGAACUGACUUAAUGAGAGAAAGAAGAGAUUUAGAGAGAAGAGCAGAUUCUUCCAUUAGUAAUCUUAUGGAUUAUAGUCACCGAAGUGGUGAUUUCACAGCUUCGUCCUAUGUUCAAGACAGAGUUCCUUCUUCAUAUUCACAGGGAGCAAGACCAAAAGAUCACUCCGUGAGCACUUUACAGUUGAAUACAUCAUCUACAAACCACCAAAUGCCUUCUGAACAUCAGACCAUACCAUGUUCUAGGGACUCUACUAGAAAUUCUCUAAGAUCAAAUUUUUCUCCAAGAGAAUUGGAAUCUCCCCAAAGCAGUACACAACCUGGAUUUUCUUAUAUUUCAAAUAGAGAUGAAACCUCAACCAUAAGCAGUUCAGAUAGGGUUGGUUCAUCUCAAAGAUCAUUUCAAGAAUCUUCUGACAAUGAAGGUAGACGUUCAACCAGGAGAUUGCUGUCGCGUAUAGCUUCUAGUAUGUCAUCUACCUUUUUUUCACGAAGAUCUAGCCAGGAUUCCUUGAAUACAAGAUCGUUGAGUUCUGAAAAUUCCUAUGUGUCUCCAAGAAUCUUGACAGCUUCACAGUCUCGUAGCAAUGCAGCAUCAUCUUCUGAUGUCCCCGAUAAUAGGGCAUCUGAAGCUUCUCAGGGAUUUCGAUUUCUUAGGCGAAGAUGGGGUUUGUCCUCUCUUAGCCAAAAUCAUAGCUCUGAGCCAGAUUCAGAAAAUUUUAACCAGGAACCUGAAGGUAGAAAUACAGGACCAUGGUUAUCUUCCUCACUUAGAAAUAGAUGCACACCUUUGUUCUCUAGAAGGAGACGAGAGGGACGAGAUGAAUCUUCAAGGAUACCUACCUCUGAUAUACCACCUAGAUCUCAUCAUAUGUUUAGAAGAGAAUCAAAUGAAGUGGUUCACCUUGAAGCACAGAGUGAUCCUGUUGGGGCUACUGCCAGCAGAUCACAGGCAUCUGCGGCUUCGAGUAAUGCUGCUACUGGUGGCUCCACAUCAGAUUCAGCCCACAGUGGAAGAAAUACAGGAAUAACAGGGAUCCUUCCUGGUUCCUUAUUUCGAUUUGCAGUCCCCCCAGCACUUGGAAAUAAUUUAACCGACAAUGUCAUGAUCACUGUAGAUAUUAUUCCUUCAGGUUGGAGUUCAUCUGAUGGAAAAAGUGAUAAAACUAAAAGUGCACCUUCAAGAGACCCAGAAAGACUGCAGAAAAUAAAAGAGAGCCUCCUUUUAGAGGAUUCUGAAGAAGAAGAAGGUGACUUAUGUAGAAUUUGUCAGAUGGCAGCUGCAUCAUCAUCUAACUUGUUGAUAGAGCCAUGCAAGUGCACAGGAAGUUUGCAGUAUGUCCACCAAGAGUGUAUGAAAAAGUGGUUACAGGCCAAAAUUAACUCUGGUUCUUCGUUAGAGGCCGUAACCACCUGUGAACUCUGUAAAGAGAAGUUGCAGCUUAACCUGGAGGAUUUUGAUAUUCAUGAACUACAUAGAGCUCAUGCAAAUGAACAAGCUGAGUAUGAAUUUAUCAGCUCUGGUCUCUACCUAGUUGUGUUAUUGCACUUGUGCGAACAAAGCUUUUCUGAUAUGAUGGGAAAUACAAAUGAACCAAGCACGCGUGUCCGAUUUAUUAACCUUGCAAGAACUCUUCAGGCACAUAUGGAAGAUCUCGAAAGUAGGUGGAAUUUCCCCUUCCCAGACUUGUUGAAUUUACUUUUGCAAAUUAAACCCACAGAGCAAAACCUAAUUGUAUAUUCUUUCUACCAAAUUAGAGCUUCAUUUAUAGGCUUAAUAAUAGCAAAAUAAUUGAUUUGGCAAAGAUGGGUAGAGCAACUGACAGUUUUUUAAAAGCAUGUAUUUUUUUAAAUUCUAUUUUAAGGUA